AUGGAGCUGGCGCACGCAGCACAGCUGCUGACAAACUUCGCCCGGGACGGUAUCGAGGUCGACUUCACCGGCCUUCAGCAAGUACUCCGUGCCCGUGCAGAGCGCAAGCAGUUGUCGUCCAGGGCCCUUUGCCUCGCCUCUGCAGCGAUGGCACAGGCUCCGCAACACUGCCUGGAGGAGCUGGCGAUCUCCUUGGCUGCGGCUGCAAGGUCAGACGACCGGCUCUCCCCAACACAGCUCAGCUCCCUCGCGCUGUGCUUGGUUCGGUUGGGUCAAUCUCAGGCCGGUUUGGUUGUGGAUGCGCUGCAGAGGCUUGCGGCCGUUGCCGAGGAGCUCUCAAGCGAAGCCCUGUGUUGCGUUGUGGAGACAGCCGCGGUGCUGCGUGAGCGCGAGGUGCUUGAGCUUCUUCUACGACGCUGCACAGAGGUGGCUCACAGCUUUCCAGCCGGAGCAGCCAUUCGCAUCCUGAAGAACGAUGCUCUUGCUAGUGUUUCUGCUGUUGCUGUUGCGGUUGCCUUUGCCGUUGCUGUUGCUGCGAAGUCAGUGGAAAGUGAGAGUACGGUCUCUACCAAGAGUUCCGCAUCAACCACAGUUUCGCUGGAAAGCUUGAGCCGCGCGCAGUCAGUUGACGGCAGCUUGAGGCGUGUGCGAAAUAAGAUGCAGGCCGAGGAAGACCUCCACACCUUACUGGCAGAGCAUGGUUUCGCUGGUGGAGUCAACUGCUCGCGGAAGAGUGGCGGGAGGAGGCUUUUCUUUUGCAGGUCAGAGGUGAUUUAUCCCAUCCACUUCGCCGCCAAGCACGGAGAUGCCCAGCUUGUCCGUCGGUUGCUGACUGCAAUGGCUGAUCCACACCAGAAGACUUCCGCAGGUCGCACAGCGCUUGACAUUGCGAAGAAGUCGAAUAAAACGAACUUGCCCAGAGAAAUCGAAGCAUUGCUAGGUGGGGACUUAGAGAUCGUAUCAGUCCGGCAAUUCCGCCGANNUGGCGAAAGAGGCCUGGAUGCAAUGAUGUGGCUGAACAGGUCCACAUUGGCAUCAUGGAUCUAUAAAUACACUAACGUACAGGAACAAAUAAACACAGAGCCAUACACGCAUAUGUGCGGUAUUGCAUACUUAUGCAUAUAA